UUUUUACCUGAAAAGGAAAAACAAAAGUAUAAAAACCCAUCCACCAAAUCCUCCUGAAAAAUCCCAAAACUAUGUGGAGGAUUUUUCAUACAAGAAUCACAAAAUGUAUUCAACAAAAUACAUUUCAAAGACAUUAUUGCCAGAACAACCUAAUCUUGGUCCAAGAAAUCAUCGAAAUUCUCAAAAACAACAAGUGGAAAAGCCUCAUUCAAUCCUCAGGAAUUAUAGAGAAGCUAAAUCCCGAUUUAGUUCAAUCUGUUCUUCACCAAUGGUCCAAACACAAAGUGGGUAUUCAAUCAGAGUUGGAAAUUCACUCAUUUCUAGCUGCCCUUUUAUGUAGUAGUAGUAGUAAUAAUUUGUAUGGUCCUGCUAAUUCUGUUCUUGAUAUUGUGAUUAAAUUUGGUUUACCCCCUUUAGAUAUUGUGAAAUCUAUUGAUAAUUGUCGUAAAGAAUUUGAUGAGUCAAGAAAUAUCAUGUAAUAUUUGGGUUGUUGAUGGAUAAGUAUAGAGAGAAAGGGUACUUGUUUGAAGCUGCUAUUGUUAUUUUUGCUCAUAAUAAGGAUCUUGAUUGUGUCCCUAGCUUGUUGUAUUGUAAUCGUUUAUUGAUGGAUUUGUUGAAAGUUAGUAACUUUAGAUUGUUUUGGCGAGUUAUUAAUGCAAUGCGUGAAGCAAAUGUUACCUUUAGUGACAUUACGUAUACCUGUAUGGUCGGUGCUCACUGUAGAGAGGGGAAUGUUAAUGAUGCCAAGAAAGUUUUUGCUGAGAUGAAAAAGAAGGGGCAUUGUCCAAAUAUGUUUACCUACAAUUAUUUGAUAAAGGGGUUGUUUAGAGCUGGGCAUGUGGAUGAGGCAAUUGAGCUUAAAAAGAGCAUGUCGUUAGUCCCUAAUAUAUAUAUUUAUACCACAAUUAUUCGUGGGCUUUGUGUUGCGAAUAAAUUUGGAGAGGCAACAAUGGUAUUAGCUGAGAUGAGUGAGAGGGGAGUGAAGCCUAAUGCAGUUGUAUAUCAAGUUUUACUAGAUUGUUUCUUGAGACAUGAUGAUGUGGAUGAGGCUUUCAAAAUGAAGGAUAUAAAGGAUGCUAUAGGCAUUGAUUUAGUCAUGUGCAAUACAUUUCUACGUGGACUCCGCAAGUGUGGUAAGAUGGAGAAGGCAAAUGAACUUGUGGAUGAGAUGACUAGAGAAGGUAUCGAGCCUGAUUUGAAAACUUAUACCUUGUUGAUUGAGGAACACUGUCGAGAGGGUAAUGCUGCCACUGUGUUGGAGCUUCUUGAAGAAAUGAAGAAGAAAAAUCUGGCCCCUGUUGAGUCAACCUAUUGUAUGAUAACCGAUUGUUUCUGCCGCAAUAAGGAUCCGGACUCCGUUAUAGCUUCUCUUCCAGACUUGAUAACGAAGAAUGGGAAGCGAAAUGCGCAUACCUGGAGAACUUUGUUGAUGAAUUAUUCUCGUAAAGGCAACUUACAACAGUUGAGGAGGAUUUUGGAGGUAAUGCAUGAGCAGGAGAUUAUUCCAGCUACUCCCCAUUACAAUAUUCUUAUAAAGGGCCUCUGCAGGACGUGGAAGAUGAAAGUUGCUCAAAGUUGCUUAGUUGAAAUGCUGGAUAGAGGCCUAAAACCUGACCAGGAGAUUUAUGAAGCCUUCAUUAUUGGAUAUUGUGGAAAAGGGGAAUUGCAAAACGCAGAAAAAUAUUUAUGCCAGAUGCUGCAUCAUGGUUUUAAGCCCAACAAAGCAAUUUAUAGUGCUUUGAUCAGUGUGAACUGCAAAAUUGGUAAGGUAAGCGAAGCCUUUGGGGCAUUUAGAAGUAUGCUUUCUCUGGAUCUUUUGAAAGUGUGUGAGGCCUAUCCUGUUCUCCUUCGUAGUCUCUUGACGAACGGAAAAAUGCUAGAAGCAGCUGAAGUCAUUUCAGAACUUCAUGGCAAGAAUCUGGUUGCUGAUGUUUCUGCCUAUGAAGCUCUCAUCUGUUAUUUUGCUCAACACUCUGAGAUUGAAAAGGCCUUUACCCUUUAUGAGGAAUCACAAAACAAAGGUAUUCGUCCCAACUUACGUACUCGCAAUCACUUGAUUGUUGGGCUGUUUAGAGCCGGCCAAACUGAGAGAGCUAAAAUAAUAUUUGAUAUCAUCUUAAAAGAAGGUUUGGGACCAAAUAGAGAGAUAUGCACUACCAUGAUAUCUGGUUUAGCUAAAGGAGGACUAUUGUCUGAGGCCUUUGGCUUGUUUCACUCUAUGAUACUUGGGGGUCUUUCUCCGCGUAGAAUAAUUUAUAAUGCUCUUCUUGAUGGAUGUUGUAAGACUGGGAACUUGCAGAAAGCUCAGGACUUGCUUCAGGAAAUGUUUCAAAUGGGAAUAGCUUCCACUAAAGAUUUUAACACAUUGAUUGAUGGAUUCUUGAAGAAUGGAAAUGUGGUGGAAACUAAGCAGCUUCUGAAAAAGAUGAUAGAGGGAUGUGUUGAACUUGAUCAGGACACGUAUACGAUGCUCGUUGAGCAGCUAUGCAAGGAUGGACUGAUGGAGGAAGCUGAAAUGCUGAUAUCAGAGAUGCAAAAAAGGGAUCUUGUACCUUAGGGUGCAACUUACAGUAGAAUUUUUCAUGGCUAUCAUAUGAUAGGUGAGAGAUCAAGACUUUGUGCCGUAUUCCGAGAAAUGGUGAGGAAGGGUAUCAAUCCUGAGAAUGGCACUCUUUCCGUUGUGCUGGAUGCUUUCUCUAAAGAAGGGAACUUACUUGACGCAUUCAAGUUAUUCAUAGGAAUGUUGGAGAAGGGCACGCCUCUAAGUGUAAGCGCCUGUGAGUCACUAAUUGAUGCUUUAUGCUUGGAUGGGAAGUAUGGCAAAGCAUUGGAAUUUCUUCUUGAGAUGGGAGAGAAAGGGUUUGUUCUCAAUCAUUCAACUUGUAGUGCUAUAGGUCGUAGUUUUUCUCUGAAAGGUGAUACUGAUACAGAUGAAGUAUGCUUGGUAAUCAAGGCUAUGACAACAUUUGGUUGGAUAUCAGACUCCACUACUUUUUCUGAUUUACUUAAGGACAGUAAAGUAGGCUUUUUAUUGCCCGAUCAAAAAAUUGGUUCAUCGGGGGAGCUUGCUGCGAGAAACCAGAAUGCUGCUUCUUCAGAGGAUGUAAAAUAUGUUUUGAAGCAAGUGGGUUUCGGCUGUGCUUCAUGAGGGCUUGUCACUAGAGAUGAACACAGCUACUUUUCGGAAAGUGGAAGACAGCAAGGGAUUUCACCGGGGCAUAGCUACUCUAGACCAUUCCGAUUUGGAGGCUUCUAGGCUAAAUUGGAUGGCAGCUUCUAGUACAUAACAUGUUGAUCACUUCAUGAGGUUUAUUGUAACAACUGAACCUGUAAGCUUAUACAAGAUGAAGGACAUUUCGAUCCCGCUCGAGUCAAGGAAAGAGUUCGCUGCGCCAUUAAAGAGUAGUUUCAUAACAAUAAAGAGAAGUGAAAAGAACAGAUUUAACUUACUACUUACAUGUUCUUACUCUUCCUGAAGCUCAGAAAUUAAAGAAAGCAAAAAGCUUCUUAACCA